GGACCGUGUGCUGCCUGCCCUUUUCCCUGCGCUUGAUAUACCCACCUGCUGGCAGUGCAGACAUCCAAUCUACUAUCAGUACAGUUGCUAAUUCAGAAAUAUCGGUCUAGAAGGAGAACGAGAAGGGACCGGAGCGGCGAUAAUCAAUAAUUAUAUCCAUAAUGGCCGUGGCCUCCGUCCACUCCUCCGUCUCGCAGUCGUCUCUCGCCGGAACAGUGCCGUCGUCCAGUGCGGCCUCUGUCAUCGACCAGUCAACGAAGGAUAUACCAGAGCAGUCGCCGACACCGACGAAGACACCGACGAAGACGGAAAGGAGGGUGACUUUGGGCGUGCUUGAGUCGGGCAAGUUUAGGCUGUCGAAAGAUUUUGUUGGCCAGCUCGUCAGAUCCACCUCCACAACUUCACGACGGAAUCCCUCUCCGCUCUUCGAGCCGGCGACGCACGGUCCACGCGCGCUUGGCUUCUCAGAGGAUGCGAGCGAGGACGAACUCAAUUCCCGCGUAGACAACCUCGACACCAACACGGAAGCACGCGAUCAGCAGAUGACAACGACGACGACGAACACAAGCAGUACCAGUCAGAGCCACAACGAACACUUACAGCAGUCUCGACCUCCGUCUUCGGCAAAGGCAAAGAUAUAUGAGUUCUUCUCGCGCCCUUCAUCCCGCUCACAAUCCCGCACCAACACAAGCACCUCACUCUCCUCUGCCCACGAACCACCGACCAUCAGCUCAGAACCUGAACCCAGCAUUACACUCAAUCCUACUCCCCUAUCCCGACCUAAUCCGUCCAAACCUUCUACGCGAUCUCCCUCUCGUCCAAUCUCGUCGACGACCGCCACGACGGAGAAAACGAUCAGACAGGCGCGCGCUCACACCCCGCCGGACAUGCCCACCCCUCCCUCUCACCGACACUGGCAUCCCGACGGACAUCAACCACAGCCUUCGAGCUCACCCGACCUUCCACCACAGUAUCAAUCGCCCUACCUUACCGAAACCACCCCUAGUCCGACGCCCAUGCUCGAGAACCCUAUCCCCGUCUCUGUUCCGGUCUCACGCCCCGCUACCGCCAACGGCACCGGCGCAGUCCGAGGCCACAACCACGAUCCUUACGCGUACGACCCACGCAUGCUUCCACCACCCGUACCCUCCUCCGCACAUAAGAAGAAGCCGCCACCUACGUUGUUCGGGAUCUCGUUCGGAGGUUCACGCGGCACUAAGACGGCGCCGAAUUCGAUGCCUACCACCCCGAAGAAGGAACGCGAGAUGGACGAGAUGGGCUACGCGAUUUCGACACCGCAGAGUCCGAGGGGGAGGAGUGGCGGGAGGAGUGGAUCUGGGUCUGGAUCUGGGCAGGGAAAAGAAAAGGCAGGAUCAGGCUCAGGAUCAGGAUCGGGUCCGAAGUGGUUCGCUCAGCGAAUAUUUUCUCCCGCACGACCCUCACGCGACAAUACCCGCGCAGGCCCAUCAUUCAACCCCGACACUGGCAUCAUCUCACCCCUCCCCCGUUCUGCCACCGCCACCACACUCCAAUUCCCUCCUUCGACCGCACACGAUCCAAAUGACAUCGACGACUCUCACCUCCCAGGACGAUCCCAUUCUUCACCCCCACGCGUGCGUUCACCUCCUGCUACGGCUACCGUGAUUCCUGCUGGAGUGACGUAUCAUCAACAUCCGAAUGAGCAUGACCCGGACGGCGAGACGAGGUCGACGCGUAGCGGUAGGUGCUCGCCUUUGGGAAUGUUUGGACCGAGGAGGUUGUUCCGUGGUGGCAAGGGGAGUAGGAAUGUGAGUAAGAGUCGGAGUAGACCUGGUUCGAGUUCGAAUUUGAAGGAGAAGGGAAAAGAAAAGGAGAGUGACUCGAGGCCUGGGACGGGUAAGGAAAAAGAGAAGGAAAAGGAUGGAAGACCGGUGGUUAGCGUGCCCAUGCUCCGGACGAGGACACAUUCGAAAGAAGGACAAGGUGGCGCUACUGAUCUUCAUCGGCGAGGUAGUUUGGAUUACGAGAGAGGGAGCGCCGUGGGGUCAAGAGGUAUGGGCGCACCUGGUCCCAUACAGAUGAGCAGGAGUGCGAGUCAAGGAGGCGCGAGUCGGUCGAAGCAUCAUCAGUCCCCUCGCCCUGGGCCAGGAGUGAAUGGUGCAGGAUCGGGCCCUUCGUCUUCGUACCACCGCCCACAACACAAUCAGACGCAUCCUCAGGCCCACGCACGGACACACCACCUUCAUCCUCCACAUCCACAUCUACAUUCCGCCCCACAUUCGCCUCAAUCACCUCUAUUCGCCGUGCACAAUAAUAUCCCGCCGGGCGCUACGACAUCGACGACUACGCAUGCCUCGGGCCAUUCGCAUUCGACGAACGGGACUUCACAUACGGGACAUACGGGUACGAACGUCGGGAGCACGGUGACGGCGGCGGCUGGUACUACGGCCGGUGCUACUGCUGGUGGUGGAGGAAGCUGGGGCAGGAGAGCGAGGUUGGGAGGAUGGGUCAGUGCCGGUGUGCAUCCGCCUUUUGAGUUUGAGAGUGCGGUGAGUGCAUCGGGUGGGAUUGGUGGUACUGGCGUUGGGAGGGUCAGUCCGGGUGGCGCAGGUACAGGUGGGGGAGGGAAGACGAGUGGGAGAGUCAGCCCGGUUGGAGCAGUCAGUGAAGGAAGGGGGCGGGUUCUCAAAGCAAAACAACAACAAAAAGAAAAAGAGAGGUCGCCUCUUGGGUCUGGUGGUGCAGGUUCUGGUCCUUCCGGUGGUGGCGGUGGCAACCGGGUAAGACCACGAACCCGGAGUGGUGGAAGGGAUGUGAGGAUAGGUAUCGGAGGCGGAGGUGGGGAGAGGAAAGAGAUUGAGUUAGGGCUUGGAUUGACGUGGGCUCCUUCGAAGAUCAAGGUGAGAGAGUGGAGUGGAUCGCCCACGCCUACGAAACCACGUCCGCCGGCGCCGAGUUCAGCGCCUGGGUCACCUAGACUUGCGGGGAUGAGUGAUAGGGAGAGACGGGAUUGGGAGAUGGGGAGGUUGCCGGAGAGGGACAGGAAUAGGGGUCUUGGACCUUUAAGGAGAGAUAGAGAUGAUUUGAGAGCAGGGAGGAGGGAGAGGGAUGUUACGGGAAGGUUUAGGGAAGUGUUGGGCGAACGUGGAUUCGAAUCGUUCAGGAAGUACGUCCGACGAUACGAUGCGGAUCUCAUCACACUCGACGGAUCGGAUGGCUUGCUCGUCAAGGUGAAGAAGCUUCUGGAUACUGCACCUGCGCCUUCUGGUCCUGGGACAGGCAUUAGUGAGUGGGAGAAGAGGGAGCUCUUGAACGAUCUGGUGCGGAUUGUGAGGGAGACAGAGUAUUAGUCUCUUGCGUGCUCUCGGCGCGUCACUACUCAUUCUCGACCAUGCCACUUUCUCCACCGCGGCUCUUACUAAGCUCUAUCGCUACCGUCAAAACGGAGCCCAUCCAGCUCGUUCUUCCGGUCCAACACUUUCUUCUUCGCAGCUCUCAACUUUUCACCAUCCUCUGCAAUCACCACCCGGGCCAUUUAUCAUCCAGCAACCAAUUUAUGCCUACAUCCAGUUCAUGUUCAUGUAACUUCUCCCGACGUCCCAUCUCACAAACUCAAACCCUUUUUCCCUCCAUGUCCGGCACGUGAAGGUUGUUCUCUGUCGAUGUACUACGCUGUUUAUUUGCUUUCGGAUCCCCGUUCUGCCUCCGCCCUCUUCUACUUGUGCCAUACUUCACGACCUGUUAUGAUUCUCCCUCUUCACGGGUCUACCUUUGUUUUGCUUGCCGCAAUGCUUUAUUGUUACUCUAGCUCUUCUCUUUCACAGUUCAACUACCUUUGUCCUCGGCCGUUCAUCUUCGUUUACAUAUGCUUGCUUGCCUGAUAUUCCGUGUGCCCUCGCUCUAAUCUAUCCUAUUCCAUGUCAUUCGUCUUACGAUACCUUGCCCUCCUCUACUUUCGCGCUACCUACUCCCUUAGAGAUUGAUCUCAUCGUCUAUGCGUGCUCUUCUAUCGGAUCCCCUUUACUUGAUGAUACCGACGUUGACGUCACGAGCCGUUGGCCCCACGCAUUCUACAUACAUAUCCACGACGCUCCUCCGCUUCGAAUUUGUACCACGUUCUACGUACAUAUCACGAUAUCUAUGUUUCACGAUCCAAACGCUUCUUCUUAGGAUCACCGUCGUUCAUUUGCAAUAGCCGUCACCCUGUCUGGCGCACACCUUCGCUCAUGUGCAAUAGACCUGUACCUAUCUGUGGCCAUCCACGCCUUCAUGUGCCUUCGCUUGUUUGUUGUCGCUUUUUGCUUUACAAUCUUUCUGUGUUCGGGGAUGUUUCUCCCUGACUGUCGCUCUUUCUCUUAUU